UGAAGACUGUGCCUUGGAGCCAGCCCUUCUCAAAGCACCUUGGUCCCACGGAGCACUUCGGGCUCCCCCUAAGAGGCUAGGCUUAGAACUGUUGCUGUUUUCUCUGUCCACACUCUGCAGGUGACAGCUACACUCAGAAGCCACCAAGAAUGCUAGUGGAGCCCCUCCUCCCUCCCAGCUUCUCUUCCAAGCUUCCCCAUGGCCCCUGAUCCAGAAAGCUACUUCAGAAAGAUCUAGCCCUUUUGCACUCUAUCCUCUCUUGCAGUAGACAUUUCAAGGGCACGGUGAGGUUUACUACAAUGUGAGGGACUGCUGGUCAUUACAGACUAGACCGAUGAGGUCCCAUGGGAGAAACUUCUCGAGGUGCCCAGGCCAAGACUUGUGGGCAAUGCCUGCGUGAGUGCUAGAUGGUGUGAGACCACCCCAGAGCCAGGAAAUGGCCACAGCCUUGGAGCCAGAGGAUCAGGGGCUUUGGGAAGAAGAGGGAAUCUUCACCGUGAAACUGGAGGAUGAUUUCACCUGUCGGCCAGAGUCUGUCUUGCAGAGGGACGACCCUGUGCUGGAGACCUCUCACCAGAACUUCCGACGCUUCCGCUACCAGGAAGCAGCAAGCCCUCGAGAAGCGCUCAUCCGACUCCGAGAACUUUGUCACCAGUGGCUGAGGCCAGAGAGGCGGACAAAGGAGCAGAUCCUGGAGCUGCUCGUGCUAGAGCAGUUCCUCACCGUCCUGCCUGGAGAACUUCAGAGCUGGGUGCGGGGCCAGCGGCCUGAGAGUGGCGAGGAGGCGGUGACGCUGGUGGAGGGUUUGCAGAAACAGCCCAGGAGACCAAGGCGGUGGGUGACCGUCCAUGUUCACGGCCAGGAAGUCCUCUCAGAGGAGACUGUACAUCUAGGGCCAGUGCCCGGGUCCCCCAGUGAGCUGCAGGAUCCUAUACAGACCUCAACGUCUGAGCAAUCCCAGGAGGAAACCACACACAGCCUGGAGCAAGAGGCAGCAGAGGAGCAGAGCGCAGGCAGCGAAGAGGAGUUGCGGCCUCCUGAGAUUGAAGUCCCAGUACCCCAGGACCCAGAGCUGCCUGCUGAGGGGACCUCUGGAGAGCCUGAGAUGGUUGCCCUCCUCACUGCUCUGUCGCAGGGCCUGGUGACUUUCAAGGAUGUGGCUGUUUGCUUCUCCCAAGACCAGUGGAGCGAUCUGGAUCCAACACAGAAAGAGUUCUAUGGAGAAUACGUCUUGGAAGAAGACUGUGGAAUAGUAGUCUCUUUGUCGUUUCCAAUCCCCAGACUAGAGGAGAUCCCCCAGGAGACCGAGGAAGAGCCACAGGUCCCAGAUGUCGCAGAGCCUCCUCACGAGCUAGAAGAGCCAGAAAUCUUGAGUUUCAUUUACACAGGAGAUAGGAGUGAAGAUGAAGAAGAGCAAGAAGACCUGAGUUUGGAAGAUAUGCACACAUCUACUUUGGAAGAUCCAGAAAUUCACCAGACUCCAGAUUGGGAGGUGGUCUUUGAAGAUCAUCCGGGAAGACUUAAUGAAAGAUUUAGCACAAAUGUUUCUCAAGUUAAUAAUUUCAUAACUAUUCCAGAAACUGUGCCCAUCCACCCCCUGCUAGGGAGACAUCAUGACUGUCCUGUUUGUGGAAAGAGCUUCACCUGUAAUUCCCACCUGGUGAGACACCUGAGGACUCAUACAGGAGAGAAACCAUACACCUGCAUGGAGUGUGGGAAAAGUUACACACGGAGCUCACACCUUGCCAGGCACCAGAAGGUUCACAAAAUGAGCACUCCUUAUAAAUAUCCCCAAAACCGGAAAAAUCCAGAUGGAGCACCGCCCGUGAUUCAGGCUGAGAGAGCUCCACCUGUUGAGAAACCAUACAGAUGCAAUGAUUGUGGAAAACAUUUCCGCUGGACUUCAGACCUGGUCAGGCAUCAAAGGACGCAUACAGGAGAAAAACCCUUCUUCUGUAAUAUUUGUGGCAAAAGCUUCAGCCAGAAAUCUGUGCUAACAACACACCAAAGAAUCCACCUUGGGGGCAAGCCCUAUUUGUGUGGAGAGUGUGGAGAGGACUUCAGCGACCACAGGCGCUAUCUGGCACACCGGAAGACACAUGCCGCCGAGGAGCUAUACCUGUGCAGCGAGUGUGGGCGCUGCUUCAACCACAGUGCAGCAUUUGCCAAACACCUGCGAGGCCAUGCCGCAGUGAGGCCCUGCCGGUGCAAUGAGUGUGGGAAAAGCUUCAGCCGGAGGGACCAUCUUGUCCGGCAUCAGCGAACACACACCGGGGAGAAGCCGUUCACAUGCCCUACCUGUGGGAAAAGCUUCAGCCGAGGAUAUCACUUAAUCAGGCAUCAGAGGACCCACUCAGAAAAGACCUCCUAGCAUAGUCUCAGUGAGGAGAUCUGCGUUCAGCAAUUACCCAAGGACGGGAUGAGAGAAGCCCUCUGGUCAGCCAAGAAGGCCUUUGCGUGGGAGUCACCCCUGGUGGCCCAGUCUUUAUGUUGCCUCUUCCCAGCACUCCAUGUGAGUCGUGGUCAGAAGCUCUCAUCCUGCUCCUUUGCCUUGAGGAGUUGAGGUUUCUUCUUGACUGAAGUAUACCUACUGCUACCUGAUGGGUUGAAGUAGGAGAACUAGAAUACUUCAGAGGUUGCAGUUAACUCUUUUCCAAAAAC